AUGCCUCCCCGACGGGUCAGAGGAGCCGAUCGUCGCCGUUGUGCCAAGGCAUGCGGAUCCUGCAAGCGCCGCAAGGAACGGUGCGAUGGUCUCCAGCCCUGUGGGCGUUGCACCACUCGUGGCGUAAGCGACCAGUGCAGUUUCGUCCUCUUGCCGCCACACUCCCCGAGGUUUCAAGACAUACCUGCGGAACGCAAUGACCCCGACCCCAUCUCCAAAACACCAGGCCGAGACCCGUCGCCAAACAACGGCCCGGCCCCUGGUGCUCUCUCUUCCAUCGACAUCCCCGAUCCAGCAUAUCCUCACGCCGACAGCAGGCCAUGGGCUCUCUUGGACGAGGUGGACGUGGAGCACAUGGAUGAGGAUAAGGAAAGCUCUGGUAGUGGCAGUGGUGGUGGCUCGAGUGCUAGUGCCGCUAUCCCGGAACUGUCCGGACUGGUACCGGACGACCAUGGCAAGUUCGUCUUCAUCGGCGACGCAGCCAACUUGUCGUUCUUGCAAGUCAUCCGCCGCAUCGUCCGUGAUUCUGUCAGACCUUGCGCGUUCAUAGAGGACCCUCUGCAGCACGCUAUGGUUGAGGCGACGCCGCCCAGCACAUCCAACUGGCUUGUGGACAUCCUGGAUGACACCCCCGCAAGGCCCCGGCUGGAGGAAGCUCAGUACCUUCUGCGCUGGUAUUUUCGCGCCAUGAGCUGCGUUCUCAACCUCUUUGAAGAGCUGGAACUUGACCAGUCCCUCUCGCGAUGGUUGGAGCGUGAGCCUAGCACACCGAGUCAUGAAGCACAAACGGCCAUCUUCUUCCUGAUCUUUGCCAUUGGUGCUCAGACAUGCCCUGAUGAUCGAGAAAGCGCUGCUGAGAGGUAUUUCAAUUACGGUCGCUUCCUGACCGCCUCUAUCGUAAUGGAGGACAUCAGCAUCCCAACUAUUCAGUGCAAUAUCCUCAUCACUAUGUACCUCUUGGGCGCAUCUCGACGGAACGCGGCCUUUAUGUACUUGGGUAGCGCAGUCCGCGCCGCCUACGCCCUUGGUAUCCAGCGGUACGAUAUCAAUAAGUCUUUUGACCGUCUAGAGUAUCUUUCACGAGAGCGCCUAUGGAAGGUUCUGCGCGUACUGGACCUCUUCAUGAGUGCAUCUCUGGGCCGGACACCAUCCACACAUGAGACUCGAGACAUCGCCACGGACGAUGACUAUUCUGCCUCCAAUGACCUGUGUGCUAUCUUUGAGGACAUCCUCACCCACAUCUACCCCAGGCGUAUGAUUUCGGCCGGCUUGUUGAACAAGAUUAGCCAACAUCACCGAGAUUGGUCAAACAAGUUUGCCUCUGGCUUGAAUACCGACGAUAUUCAACCAUCCAAGUUCAUAAAGACUGCCGAGGGUCAGAAUGCCCCAAAUAUCAGCUUUUGCCAUCUCAAGGGGGCAUACUACUGGACGAUAAUGCUUCUCACUCGGCCCUUUCUGGUCGAGAUUGCUUCGAGACACGCGUAUGAAAGGACACGGAAAGUGGCAGGCCGGCCUGACAACUCUAGCCCUUCACUCGAGUCAAAACAAGUCCUUGCUGUCUCUUGUGUUGACUCAGCCAUCCGCGCCGUUGAUCUCCUCAGCGUCGUCCAGACUGGUGGACAAGUACCGAAGCGUCUGCCUUUCGUUGUCAAUUCUUUGUUUGUCGCUUCCCUGGUUCUGGGACUGGCGCACUUCAGUGACCUGGAUCUUGUGCUCCCCCUCGGCAAGAGCCUGUGUGCCGCACGCCGUCUGUUAGGUCGUUUCAGCGCCUACGAUGCUGUUGCCAGGAGGGCCGUGAGCAUUGUUGAAGACCUCCAAGUGGCCUGUCGUCUUCGUGACGACGAUAGGACGCGCCAGAAGAUGGAGCAACAAAGCCUGCUUGUGCAAAACCUCUUUGGUGCCAUUCACGAUAGAUCAAGGCUGCAGACUCCCGCUGACACUCGAGAGACGAGUCCUGAAGAUGACCGGCACAACCAGCUCGAGCGAGAUACCGCGUCUCUCUCAGGAAGUAGCGCAUUGUCCCAGUUAGAGCAGGGGCAUUCAACUUGGCAUUUUGGUUGUGACACCCAUCCGGGAGUUUCAAGCCUUGAAAGUGAGGUCUUGAAUAUGCUUUCUGAUUCAUCGACUGUCGAGGGCAUUUCUGUGCCCACACACGAAGCCAUCGCAUUCGCAUCGUUUGGGAAUACCAUGUCACUGUUGCCAAUUGUAGAUACGAGCAAUCUCGACACUAAUGAAAGCCUGCCUGGUAAUGGCGGCUUUUUGGGACUGUAA